AUGUCGAUUGGCAUGCUGGCCGCAUGCUCUGCGAUCAGAGUAGACCAUCAAUCAUUCGCCAAAGGUGCAUCUUCAUCAAUCAAUGGUGAUGAUGACAGUGCCGAUUGGUACUCACUUCUAAACAACUUCCAAGUAGUUCCAGGCAAGAAGUUGCCAGGAUCACUUGCCUCUGGAUACUUCAAAGAUGAAGCACAUCAGGAUGGAUGGGGAAAGUUAAAUGUAGAGACGACAAAGAAUUCAUCGAUACCAGAGGGUAUGUCUUAUUGGGCCGCAGGAUACAUGGAGGGCUACUUGUCAUGGCACUACAUGGCAAACUUCUCGGCCAACUACUUCAACUUGAUGUUCAACACGACCGAUCCAACUCAGUUCCCACCAGAGGUCACAGAGUUUGUCAAUCAGAACUACCAAUGGACUGUGGCCACGGCCAACGCAUCAGCGUCGAGCGACCCCUACUGGCACCAGGUCAACAUGAUCAUCGAGCAGUUGGACGGUCUGCUCGCCGGCUACAACGCCGCUUGCGCCGCCAACUCACACCCACCCAUGACCGCCUACGAAAUGCUGUUGGUCAACUUGAUUGGCGACAUCAACGACAUCAUCACCGCAACCACCAGCACCGACCUCAGCUUCCAGCCUCAGUCACGCGCUGAGCUCGAGAAGUUCCUUGCCGAGCAGGGACGCUGCUCUGGCCUGAUCAAGCUCACACCAGACUACUCUGACCUGUUCGUGUCGCACACGACCUGGGGCUCAUACUCCUCCAUGCUCAGAAUCUACAAGCGCAUCAAGAUCGACGUGGCCUCAGUCCAGUACGGCAACGAGAUGUUGUUCUCGAGCUACCCUGGUGUGCUCGUCUCGGACGACGACUUCUACAUGGUGCACCCAUCCAAGCUGGUUGUGAUCGAGACGACCAACUCAAUCGUCAACCAGACAUUGUACUCGCUGAUCAAGACCGACACGGUUCUCUACUGGAUCAGGAACCUCGUGUCCAACCGUCUGUCGGACAAUGGCAGCACAUGGGUCAACACGAUGAUGCGCUACAACUCUGGCACCUACAACAACCAAUGGAUGGUGGUGGACUACAAGCUGUUCACGCCAUUCCAGCCACUGCUUCCCAACACACUGUGGAUUGUCGAGCAGAUGCCCGGCCGCUUCGAGAUGGCCGACGUCACCAUCAUCCUGCAGAACGGCUACUGGUCGUCGUUCAACCGUCCAUUCUUCCCCUCGAUCUACGAGGCCAUGGGCUACGAUUACUACGUGCAGCUGUACGGCAACUCAAUGUCCUACCAGCUGAACCCACGCGCACUGAUCUUCCGUCGCGACCAAAACAACGUACAGUCGCUCACCGACAUGAUGUCGAUCAUGACCUACAACGACUGGAGGAGCGAUCCUUUCAGCGAGGGAUAUCCAGGCAAUGCCAUUGCCUCGCGUUUCGACAUCAAGGGUGGUCCCGCCGGUCCAGCCGGCUGGUUCUUCCACGGCACCCAUGGUGGUAUCGACUCCAAGUUGACCAGCAGUCAACUCGUUGCCAACUUUGAAGCCUACGCUAUCUCUGGUCCAACUGUCACUCCAGACUGUCCACCAUUCAAGUGGUCUGAUUGGCCUGACAUCCCUCAUGUUGGUCUGCCAGAUGAGUACAACUUUGAUUGGGUACACAUGAAGCUCUAA